AACAAAACGGGCAAAAAGAGAUUAAGGAGCUUGUCUGAGUGGCUGAGCCUGGCAGUUCACAGCGGAGGAAAUGCAAAUGGUCGUGUGAAGACAUGCUCAGCUGCCUUGGAGGUCAGGGAACCGAAAAUGCAAAUACCAACAGCAUCUCGUUUUUUACCCACCCCCAGGGUAAACUUUGCAAAAGGUGGUGUUCCUACUGAUGAUGACCAGGCGACUGGGCUGGAGAGGGAGGUCAUGAUGGCUGCACGGAAAGGACUGGACCCAUACAAUAUGCUAGCCCCAAAGGCAGCUGCAGGCACUAAGGAAGACCCUAAUUUAGUCCCAUCUAUCACCAACAAGCGAAUAGUGGGCUGCAUCUGUGAAGAGGACAAUAGUACCGUCAUCUGGUUCUGGCUCCACAAAGGCGAGGCCCAGCGAUGCCCUAGCUGUGGAACCCAUUACAAGCUGGUGCCCCACCAGCUGGCCCACUGAGCCUUUGCGCUAACUUACUCAGAAUGUGCUGUGAAGUUUCCUCUUUUCCAAUAAAGACAAGCCAUUGCAUUGGCUCCUUCUCCC